AUGAAAUCCACGUUUUUCCUCUGCGUUAUAUUUGUUCUUGUUGCUUGUUCUUUCUGCAGUCCAGCUAAGAAGGUGAGUGAGUAGUGAGUAGAGACUAGCAUGAAUUACACGAAAUGGUGUGUACCGUUGAAUUAUCGUCACUGAUGAAGCCCGCACUCACUCGCAAAUUAACUUCCACUGCAUGCUAUUAAUUAAGAUAAUUUUCUCACCACGGUGCAAAAUUUAGUUACUUUACCAAACUGACAAUAUAAAACCAGUUUUUUGUGACAAUUUAAGUAUCUAAACGCUUUGCCAAAAUCAUGGGUGGCUUCGCGAGGAAGGCAAAUCACUAUUUUGACUAUGCCAAAAAGUUAAGUCUCACUGACACAAUCUUAGUGCACGAUGUACAAUUCCAGCUAAUGUUUUUAUUGACUGACGCUCGGUAACUUAACUUAUAUCAGAGGCCACUGCACGCUGUUUUCGAAGUUGCGUGUGUAUAUUAAAAAGGCGCAAAAUCAUGCGCUCAUUUCUCAUAUGGAAUGCCACUCCACAAAGUCGGUUCUUCUGCAGUUUCGGUUUCGUGUGCUGAGUCACACUUUAAACCGACAGGAACUCAGACAAUUCACUACCGCAUUUGCAUCGAUGGUUGUUAAAAUUAUGUUUUGUGUUGAGCCCUGAGACACCUAACCUUAACUACGUUUGAAGAAUCGGCAGAUCAUGAUCAGUUAACCUGAAUAUAGUGCAACUCCUCGUCGGCGAUCAAAUUCAGGCGUUUUUUCUAACAACAGCUCUAAACGAGGAACUAGGUUGAUAACUUCUACAAACACAUGAGCUGCCAGCAUGGUUCGGGUGAUCUCGAGUUUGCAAACUAAAGAGUCUCAAUGGCAAAAUUUAGUAACCAAUAUAGCUUCAGCUGCUUAGCUCUUAGAAUUCUGAGGGCCGUUGACCGCAAGGGAGUGACUUCAUUGAAGAUCCAUUGAAGGAACGCGGAAACCGCACAUCAUUGAUGAAUAAUAUUAGGCCUUUUUUUUCUUAUAUCAGUGACAACAGCCGCAUCGCAUAAUAAGGAAUAUUAAAAGACCAUUUCCGUUAGAUUUAUUCCAUGAUUUUUGACUUAUAUGUCAAAAGGGGCCAAAUGCAGACUAGUUUGAAUGUACAAUAAAGCAUGGCCAUCGAGACCAACUGUUAUACACCUAAGUUGCAUAAUCAGAGCAUUUUCAGUGAAGCAUGGCGCUAAUGAUACUGUUUUCAGCAACCUCAUCAUCUGUUGAACAAAAAACUAAAAAAAACCGUGUGCGUUUUGCAAUUAUAAGGGACCGGACUGUGUGUAGACUGCCGAACAGUCGGGUUUUUUCUCGAAAUCAGUAAAGAAAUCGGUAAAGCGUGGUGGGGCGUGUGAGGCGAGAGAAAAAGCGUCUCUUAGCGUCUCUCCCCAGUCUCGCUCCCUGAAUUCAGCCUCGUUGCAGACCCUUUGUUUGACUGCUCGCGCGUACUUGAAUACGCAAAAAAUACGGACUGUUCUGCAGUUUAGACUGUGUGUGUUUUAUUUUUUUAGGCGGUGAAUAGUCUUAAAAAGGCAGUCGCAUCUCAACAACGAACAAGGCGAUCGGUAAGUUUGUCUUGCUUUGACUAAACGUGAUAUUUAACUGUAUUUCCUUUAAUAGUAGGCCCAAGAUGCCUUCAAAAGUUAAAGAAAACUUUAGAGACCAUGAUCUUUCUGCUUUAUAGUUCACUAAAGAAUUCAUCUCGCAGUAAUUCCGCAUUAAUUGGCUUUAGCUGUUGCGGUGUCCCUGCCCUGAUAUUUUGUUUGCAUAUCUACAGUGUUUUUUUUUUGUAUUCUUCAGGGCAAAGCUAAUAAAAUAAAAUAAAAUAAAAUAAAUAACAUUUGUUGGCCGUCAAUACCUAUACCGACUACAUGAGUCUGCGAACUGAACGUCUUCCGCUUAUCGUAUUAGGUGCAUUUAUUCAUCGUGGCUAAACUUAGCCAUGCGAUGACAUACACAUCAGCUAGCACUUUCAUGCUUUUUUCACUAUUUCUAAAAAGGCUAGUCUUUUUUUCGCUUUUGCCUUAUAUCAAUCUUACAUUUCUGAUACAGCUUCCGGUGGACAACAUUGCAUCUGCUAUAUCCAGUAUCAUGGACAGCAUUGAGGAGGUUCCGAACACCAGGAACAAGCGAUCGGUAAUUAAACUUCACCUUUCUUUUUUAUUUACACGCAUAAAUAAUUUAUUUCGCGGUUCUAAGACGCUUGUACAUCAGCAAUGAAAAGCCUACGAGACCACAAUUUAAAAGGGUAGGGUCACCAAUAGUUUUGUGCUUCUUGAAGAUGCAAGAGAAAAGUUUGUGCCAAUAGAAAUUCCCAAAGAGUGAGCCGUGCCAUACUAAUGUACGUACGAUGUUGAAGGACUUCGAACGCGCGUAAGUUGGCUCGUAAUGUUUCAUUUUUGGUGCUGCUGAAACCGUUGUACCGCCAUUAAUCUGUCCUCCUAUCUUUUCCGGCUCAAAAUGUGUUUUUCGUACUUCAGCGAGGGUGCGUACAAAAAUUAAAUUAAAAAUGAUUUGCAUGAACGAGAUUGAUCCUUUUCCUCCUCCACUUUCUAAAAUUGUAUUUUCAAAACCCUACUUAGAAACUGUUUUGAAAAAUACCACGUUUGUUAGAAAUAUUUGAAAUUAGCUUCAUUGUUUAUUUACAGAGCGAUGAACUGAUGAAUUCUCUGAAGAAUGCGCUUGAGUAAGUAAUACACCUAUCAGUGUUAUACCCCAGGGCUGGGGGGGAGGGGUUGAGAGGGCAAGGGCGGUGGAGUAAGUGAUACACCUAUCAGUGUUAUACCCCAGGGCUGGGGGGGGGAGGGCAAGGGCGCUUGAGUAAGUAACACACCUAUCAGUGUUAUACCCCAGGGCUGGGGGAGGGGGGGUGGCAAGGGCUAACCUAGGGACUUUGAUCAGAGAGGAAACUUAUAAGUCAAAACACCCUUCCCUUGGGCCGAUUUUUUAGUUCACAGUUCUCUACUAGGGGCGACACUUUUUAAUAAUCAAGGUGGCCAGAAAAAGUGUACUGACGCCAAGAGGAAGAACCUUCCGGAUCAACAAAGAUAACAAAGUUCAGUUUGCCGUAAACUGUCAACGCGGAUCUAUGUCCCCAUCUCAGCCCAUCUUCUCCCCCCUUUCCUCUUCGGGCGUAACAGCCAGUGCUACCUAAAUUUUAGCCGCAUUAUUGUGUAGAAACAGGCAAUGUAAUUUGUGGCUAAAUUGAGCUCAAUUUACUCUUUAAUUUCCAGUAAAACGGUUUUCUAACAGUUUUUUGCUAAUUAGCCAUUACUGAUUAUUUACCAACUUUGUUUCAAGGGAAGAGGGCCUCGAAGACGUUUCUGCCAACAACGUGGCCAGGUAA